ACCAGCUCGCACGACCAGACCAUGCCCGAGCACGGUCGUGCGGCCUCGGGAACUUUUGAGCGGGAUUUUUCCAGAAAUGGUAGCAAACAAGAUUGAAAAACGAAAAGUGAUUCUGACACUUGCCAAGCACAACCGUGCCAAAAGGUGGCAUGGUAGUGCCAAACGCCCAACAGUUUAAAUACGAGUUUCUAGCUCAUUUGCAAGGGAGUUGGAGCAUUUUGGUGACUUUUUCUCUCAAGAAUCUGGUCUUGGAAGCUUGUUGGAGCCAAGAGGAAGCCUUGAAGAAGAUUAAAUCACUUGAAGAUCUACUCAAACACCAUUUUAAUCUUGUCUUUAACUUGAUUUAAUUUGUUGUGGAUGGAGUCUGAGGUGUGUAUGAAUGGAUUGUGUGGGGCUGCAGCUGCUGAUUGGAGAAGAAGAGGUUGGAGUUUGAGGUCUGGUGGUUUUGCAAAUCUUUGUGAUAAGUGCGGUAGUGCAUAUGAGCAACAAGAUUUCUGUAAAGUGUUCCACGCAGACGACACUGGGUGGAGGGAAUGCACUUCUUGUGGCAAGCGACUCCAUUGUGGAUGUAUUGCAUCCAGUGCUUUCCUGGUACUACUUGACAACGGUGGUGUAACUUGUAUCAGCUGCUCAAAUAGUCCGGCCGAUAAUCCUAAGACAAGAGACGAUAAGCACAAAGAAACUGCCAUUUCAGUAGAACAUAACAUUGGAGAACCGCGAGCAUCCUGUAAUGAAAAUCAUGCAAAAAUCAGCAACUUCGGUAACAUAGAUUUGACCAUAUCGAACGCUGAAGCUGCCGACAAUGGUGAAAAGUUAUUGCAUGCAUCUAAAUCUCAAACGAAACACGAAAAUGGGCAUAAAGAUGUUUACGGAUCACCUGUGCAAACAAACUUAACAAUUGGGUUAAAUGGUCCUCCAGCGAGUAAUAAAGCUGUUGAAGAUCAGGAAGUGAAGUCAACGUUAUCUUACUUCCAGCAAGGGAUUUGGUCUCAUCAUAUUUUGCCCAAGUCCGUCAUUCCUCAAGGAUUUAAUAAUGCAAAUGCUGAUGUCAGCUCACAGAUACGCGUUGCAAGACCACCCGUUGAGGGGAGGAUUAAAAAUCAGUUGCUUCCUCGUUAUUGGCCCAGGAUUACAGAACAAGAAUUGCAACAAAUAUCUGGAGACUCAAACGCCACCAUCGUUCCACUUUUUGAAAAGGUUCUCAGUGCGAGUGACGCUGGUCGAAUCGGUCGCUUGGUUCUCCCAAAAGCAUGCGCUGAAGCAUAUUUUCCACCGAUAUCUCAGCCUGAGGGGCUCCCUUUGAAAAUACGGGAUGUGAAGGGAAAAGACUGGCUGUUUCAGUUCAGAUUUUGGCCAAAUAAUAACAGUCGAAUGUAUGUUUUAGAGGGUGUUACACCGUGCAUACAGUCCAUGCGGUUACAGGCUGGCGAUACCGUGACAUUCAGCCGAAUGGAACCUGAAGGAAAGCUUCUUAUGGGCUUUCGAAAGGCCUCAAUGAAUACAUCUGUGCAGGGAAGUACGUAUUCACAUCUAAGCGAGUUGCCAAGAAAUGUGAGUUGGCCCACAAAUGAGCAACUUGGAAUCAAGUUAAUGGCUGGUGCAUUCCCACCGUCAAUGCUGGCUCCUGAGAAGAAAAGAAGCCGAAAUAUUGGGUCAAAAAGUAAACGGUUGCUCAUUGAAAGUCAAGAAUCUCUGGAGCUAAUAUACACAUGGGAAGAAUUACAGGAUAUGCUCUUCCCAGCCCCCCUUUCGAAGCCAAUCAUUGUUACAAUUGACGACAAUGAGCUUGAAGAAUACGAAGAGCCUCCUGUUUUUGGGAAGGGGAGUAUAUUCACAGUUUCUGCAUCCGGGGAGCAAGAACAAUGGGCUGAGUGCGAUAAUUGUUCCAAAUGGCGAAGGUUACCGGCUGAUUUUCUUCUCCCUCCUAGAUGGACAUGCCAAGAUAAUGUAUGGGACCAAAGCAGGGCCUCCUGUCUUGCACCUGAUGAACUCAGCCCCAGAGAACUUGAGAACCUUCUUAGAAAUGCAAAAGAGCUGGGAAAUAAUGUAACAAAUAUCCAAACAGCUUCCACAACCAUUGGAACUGAACCAACGGUUGCAAUGACCACCAAGCACCCGAGGCACCGGCCUGGCUGCUCAUGCAUAGUUUGCAUUCAACCUCCAAGCGGUAAAGGCAAACACAAACCAACUUGCACUUGCAAUGUAUGCAUGACAGUCAAACGUCGCUUCAAAACAUUAAUGUUGCGCAAGAAAAAGAGACAGUCCGAGCAUGAAGCAAGUAUUGCUGAAAAACUUCACAAGGAAGAGGUGGAACCCAAGAGUAAUAUUGUCAAGCGUGCAAAUAACGAGUCAAGUUUAUUAUUAACUGAAAGUAGCAGCAAGGGACAUUUGGACUUGAACAUCCAUCCCCGUGUAAGCAUGAUGAGUCUUUUUCAAGCUGCAAAUCUGCCGUUGGAGACGUAUUUGAAGCAAAAUGAUCUUACUAGCUUAAACUUUGAGCAACAAGCUAGUUCGGGUUCACAAGCAUUGCAUCAAGAAACUGGGGACAUUGAAGGUGGAGAUGAAGAGGAUAAAGUGGGUGAUGAUGGUGAGCUCCAAGGGCCUAACAAUAUUCAAGACGCGUAUUUGUGAAGUUAUGAGCGGUUCGAAUGUGCAUAUGAUUUGCCUACAGUGGAAUUGAUUUAGUUUUGCGAUUUUCCGGAUUGUUAUAAGUGUUGUAUAUAUUUUGUGUAAUUUGUAAUCGAGUUUAAAGAGAAUAA